GAACGCCAGCAGUCGGCAGUCAGUCGUCGAAAGAGCUCCGGCGCACACAGAUCGAUCUUCCGCGUUCUGCGUUCCCCCGAGAUUAGUCCACCACCAGGAUGAGAUUGCACAGCCUGCUGCCGCUCCUGGCACUCCUUGUCGCCCAGGCGGCCGGUCAAGAUCCCCCGGCGGAUGCCGGAAAAACGACCAACUCCUCCACGGACACCAGACCAAGGAUUCCCACCAGGGAUGAGAUUCUUGGCCAGAUGCCGCCCAUCACUCCCAUUCGCACUGGCAAUCCCCAGAUGGACGCCUUCUACAUGAUGUUCCCAGCGUUGGGCAGCCUUCUCCGCUGGGGCAGCCUGUUCCCAGCCUACUCGUUCCUGGGUGCCAUUCCUGAUGACCUCCAACCCUCGGCAGCUGCCUCCAAGGUGGUGCUCGUCCUGGCCGAGGAUGCCACGGCCAAGACGCGAGUUGCUCGUCAGAAUACCGCGCCCAAUCCUCUGGGUCAGCUAAUGAACUGGCCACAGGACUUCCAAAUGCCUGCAAUGCCCGACUUUGGCCCGCAGGUUGGAUCGUUUUUUGCCCAACUGCCGACUUUGCCGUCCAUGCCUAGCCUUUUGGGUGCCGCAGCUCCAGUUCCUGCUGCCGCUCCAGCUGCUGAUCCUGCUCCUCCGGCACCGGCUCCAGCUGCCGAUCCUCCAGCAUCCGCUGCUGCCGACACGGUUGCCCAACAACCUAUCCUAAGUCAGGCAGCUCUGCAGAACGCCUUCUCCUUCCUGAAUCCGGCGAACUUUGAUGCCAGCAGUAUACUGGGCCAGGGUAUUCCCCAGGGUAUUUCCCAGCUUCCUCAGCUUCCCCAGCUUCCCCAGCUGUCCCAGAGUAUUCCCCAGCUUCCCCCUCCCAAUAUGGACUUCGUGGCCCAAAUGCAGAAGCAGUUCUUCCCACAACAAGCAGCUGGAACAGAUGCCCAGGCCUCCGACAUAUCCGAGGUGAGGGUGCGUCCCGAGGUUUCCUACUCGCCAGAGGCACAGAUGGCCCAGCAGAAGAUCAAUGCGGCCAUGGAGAAGGAGCAGGAGAAGGAACAGGAUCAGGAGCGAGUGCCCCUCCUCUGGUUCCGAAUGCCCAGCACUCAGGGUCAGGAUGCGUCGGAGGAGAAGACCCUGCACGAUCUGCGAGUGGAGGCCAAGCUGAGGGCCUUCGAGCAUCAGGUGAUAGCCGAAUUGAAAAUGCUGCAGAAGAUCGAGCUGCUGGCCAAGCAGAUGAGGUCCAAUGCGGCCGCACAGUCUGGAGAUUCUCCCAACCGGGUUAGCUACCCCCUGAGUCGCACACCCGUCCACAAGAUCACACGGGCCGAUAUCGAGCAGGCUCUGCGGGAUGAUUAUGUCCGGCGAUUGGUCAACAAGGAGGCCCAACGCAAGGCCAGGAACCAACCAGGCCACACCAACCAGAAGGCAAACGGCUUGAAGCGUCAGGCUAUGCCCCAACAGACUCUGUCCAAGGAGGACAUCGUCCAGGUCAUGGCCUAUGCCUAUCGCAUGGCCAACGAGCAGAUGGAAGCCGAGAAGGGCAAGCAGGACAAGAUGUACGCGGCCUACAGAAAUUCCGAGGGUCAGACGGCCAACCAACAGGCCCAGGAACAGAGGCAGAUGGAUCAGCAGAGACAAGUGGGUCAGAAUUCUCAGAUGCAGCGACAGUGGUCAGAGGAUCAGGCCAAGAUUCAACAGAAUGAACAACAGAGACAAGUGGGUCAGAAUUCUCAGAUGCAGCGACAGUGGUUAGGGGAUCAGGCCAAGAUUCAACAGAAUGAACAACAGAGACAAGUGGGUCAGAAUUCUCAGAUGCAGCGACAGUGGUCAGAGGAUCAGGCCAAGAUCCAACAGAAUGAACAGCAGAGACAAGUGGGUCAGAAUUCUCAGAUGCAGCGACAAUGGUCAGAGGAUCAGGCCAAGAUCCAACAGAAUGAACAGCAGAGACAAGUGGGUCAGAAUUCUCAGAUGCAGCGACAAUGGUCAGAGGAUCAGGCCCAGAUUCAACUGAAUGAACAGCAAAGACAAGUGUCGCAGACCUCUCAGAUUAUUCAAUCUAUGCAGCAACAGCGACAGUGGGCCGAGGAGCAGGCCAAACUCCUACAGAAUGAACAACAGAGACAAGUGUCGCAGGAUUCUCAGAUGAUUCAAACGAUGCAGCAGCAGCGACAGUGGUUAGAGGAUCUGGCCAAGAUUCAACAGAAUGAACAGCAGAGACAAGUGUCGCAGGAUUCUCAGAUAAUUCAAACGAUGCAGCAGCAGCGACAGAUGGCCGAGGAUCAGGCCAAGGCUCAAGGAAUGACCCAACAGAAUCCCACGAUGAUGCAACAAAGGCAGUGGGUGGAGGAUCCUCAAGUGGUUCAACAGAUGCAGCAGAGGCAGUGGGCCGAGGAUGAGGCCAGGAUGCAGCAGAGGCAGAUGAUGGAACAGCAAAGACAAUUGUCCGAAGAGCAGGCUCAGCAGAAUGCCAUGAUGAUGCAGCAAAUGCAGCAGAGGCAGAUGAUGCAAGAGAGUCCCGCGAUGAUGAAGCAGCGCCAGUGGGCCCAGGAGAACCCCCAAUCGGAUCAGCAGCCCUCGAUGAUGAUGAUGCAGCAACCACGAAUGGAGCAGACUCCCAUGAUGAUGGAACAGGUCGGCCGAAAUGAUGAUCCUAUGGACGCCAUAGUUGGUGAGGCGGGUCCCCAGAUGAAGGAGAACGAAGGAACUGCCCGGCACAAAGUGGAUUUCUUGGGAAUUGGCGGCAACAAGCGCAAGAAGUUCAAGUCCAAUUCCCCACCGCCCACGGUGAUCAACUAUUACUACUCGGCACCGGUUCAGCGUCCCGCUGCCCAGGGUUACGGAAGUAGUUAUGGAACCAGCUACGGAGGCGGGGGCUACGGAUCGAAUGCCUAUGGUGUGCCCUCCCCAUCGAACGCCUACCGGGCAGCCGUGGGCAACGAUGAGGUGGACUCAAUGCUGCGCCAGCAUCAAACGAUGGCCAGGACAAUAAACCCCAUCCAACAACCAAGCCAAGUCGGUGGAUCGGAGAGGCAGGAGAGCAGCUCUAAUCCUCCAUUGGCGACGACACCAGCUCCCCAGGAGCAACCACAGUCACAACCGCAAGAGCAUCGAGUCCAAAAAAGGUUAGCCAUUUUCCACAGGUUUGGGCGAGGGGUAUAUAAUACCACAUCCAAGGGUUGCGGAUGCGGCAGGUUGGAUUGUCUGUGUGGCAGGAGUUGUCAGUGCGGAAGAUCGGAAGCAGGAGCAGUCAGUUUCAGGGGAUCCUGCCAGUGCAAGGCCAAUCGCCGAAGUAAACGGAACGUGGAGUAUGGAACCUUGGAGACCAUCGAUGAGGGUUCCCUCAACGAAUUGCGUAGGGAAUACAAGCUGGGACUUAAAGAGAUCACACUGAAUCCCGAUGAAGAUCCCGCAGAGGCCCUGAUGCGCUACAAUGCGGCCUCCAUUCGUGAGGCUUUGGAGAGAGCCAGUAUGGAACCGCUGGAGAUCGGUGGAGAUCAGUACGAAGAGGGAACGCCAGAGGAGGCCGUGGUGGAGGAGCCACUGCAGCAUGAUCCCAAUGCAGGGUACCAGUAUAAUCACCAGGACUUUGUGCGCCUAACCACUUCCACAGCGGCACCAACGACAAGCACCACAGAAGCCACCACUCCAGGAGCCAGUGAAACCACCUCAGAAGCCUCUAUCACAACGACUGAAAGUGACAAGAAUGAGGAAAUUGAAAUGCAGCAAGAUUCGGUGGCUGAGAGCUCCCAUGUAACCAAGUCGAUAUCCAAGCAGGAGCAGGAGAUCCAUCAGCUACACAGCAUAGUGGAUGAGCUGAAGAAGGAGAUCCUCAAGCUGAACCUCAGAUGCAGCAAGAUAGUAUCCAACAAUGUGGUCAAAGAAAAGCCAGUUACGAAAAAGGAACCAGCCAAAGUGGAGGAGGAGUCUUCCAAGCAGGCGGAGAAGCCCAAGGUGGAGGAGAAAAAGAAUGAAGGAGAGCCAGCUACAGUGGAGCAGGAGGAGGAGCAGGAAGAGGAGGAGGAUGCCGAGGGUUCAAGUAGCUCUACCACCACCACCAGUAGCCCCACAACCACAGAGACUCCACCAACGAAUUCUUCAAAAGCUGAGACCAAAUGCCAGGUUGCCCAGGCCAAGGCCAAAGUGGAUGAGCCAACUGGUAUCUCCAACAAACUGGACUACGAAGAUGAUACCAAUUGGCAAAGCAUUCUGGCCAAUCGGGGCUAUGAUACGGAUUACCUGACCAAGAACCAUGAGGGACAGUUCACCCAAGGCCAGAACCUGGAGUUGCCAAAGACAUGUAACUACGAUAACAAUGGCAGCCAGGAGUACGCCCCCUAUCCGGAGUUCCAGGCGGAUGAGCCCCAUUCCGAUACGGGGACUGAGGGCAAGACCAAGAGGGCCUUGAGUGUGAAACAGCAGGCGCAGCUCCUCAAUGCGGCCCUAAAUGAUGGUGGUAGCGAUGCGAGUGAUUCACCCACCACACCCACACCGUAUGCCAUGAGGGGAAAGUUUGUGCGGCGUAGGAGGACUCCCAGUCCGAGGAUCACAAAAGAAAGCCAUGAUGGUUGGGUGCGUUCCACCCGUCAAGUGAGAACGCCCCAGCGACCCAAAAAGUCCGUGCCACAGGUCAAAAAGGUCGACUCGCAGGUUACCACGCAGGCCACCGUGAGCAGCACCAAGCUAGACAGUUUGGUGGAUGUGCUCAAGGAUCUGUUGCGUCUGCAAAUCCAGAAGGAGAAAAAGUCCAGUCUCCUCAGGGCCCAGAGCAAUAUCGUCUCGAAAACCCCCAAAACCAUUAAGCCCAUCAAAGUCAUCAAGCGAAAGAGGUUGCGUAGAAGGCAACACAAACCCAUUGCCACCACCAUCAGAACUUCCAUCCAACCUAAAGCAUAAGCAUAACUAACCCACAAAUCCUAACUAAACCUAACCAUAAUCUAGAUAGAGUAUAUCAGCAUAUUCACUAAUCAUUCACCAACCAUUCAUGUCCAUCUUUCAUUUGCAUAUCCUCGGUCCAUUA